AUGGACAGAAACACAUCAAACUCAUCUGUGCAUCUUGUGGAGAAUGAAAUAUGCGCCAAUGACCAGAAAACGUGUAGUGUAACCGAAAAUACUGCUAGCAAUGACGUUGAAAAUCAACAAAUGGUUCAUGAUUCUUUAUCUCCCGCAAAAAACCGUACUAGAAGGAGUUCUUCCAGAACAAAUAAACGGCCUAGUUUGAACGAAAACAUAUCAAACUUAUUAGUACAUCUUGUGGAAAAUGAAAUAUGCGCCAAUAACCAGAGAACGUGCCAUGUAACUGAAAAUACUGCUAGCAAUGACGUUGAAAAUCAACAAGUAGUUCAUGAUUCUUUACCUCCCGCAGAAGACCGUACUAGAAGAAGUUCUUCCAGAACAAAUGAACGGCCUAAUUUGGACGAAAACAUAUUAAACUCAUUAGUACAUCUUGUGGAAAAUGAAAUAAGCGCCAAUGACCAGAAAACGUGCUGUGUAACCGAAAAUACUGCUAGCAAUGACGUUGAAAAUCAACAAAUGGUUCAUGAUUCUUUACCUCCCGCAGAAGAUCGUACUAGAAGAAGUUCUUCCAGAACAAACAAACGGCCUAGUUUGGACGAAAACAUAUCAAACUCAUCAGUACAUUUUGUGGAAAAUGAAAUGUGCGCCAAUGACCGAAUGUGCUGUAUAAUCAAUCUGGCUGUUGCACCACUAUUUUAUCCUAUGGAAGAAUUUGAUAAUUAUAUGAUGUCCAGGAUCAAGAAAGCAAUUUUAGAACUUAUCUUUAUUGCCUCUCAGCCUGAUAAACCUUUGAUUUUCAACGGUUCUACAAUGAUUGAGGGAGCAAUUGUUUUUCAAUGCGCCAAUGAUCAUACUGUUAAGUGGCUAAAAGAACUAAGUAAAUUACAUAUAGAUAACAAAGACGUUAUAAUAAGAGUGAUAGAAAUGAAUCAACUUUCCAACUGUCAUCGUGCUGUGGUGCGCGUAAAGGAAGACUUGAGCAGAAGAAUAAUUUUACAACUCCUUAACAAGCAGAAUAAGGGUCUGGCAACUCACGAGUGGUUCAUCGUAGAAGGCAGUGAACAUAAAAAUGGAAAUAGCACACAGUUCGAAGUGCAUUGCGCCAUAGUCUUCGCUGAAGGUGUUUUUGAAGGCGAGACACUUGUCACGCAUCCUAAUCGGCCACAAGGAGAAUUGGAGAUUGCGCUUUAUCCUGCCAAGAACGAUCCCGUCGAUAUACACGUGAAAGUGUAUGUUGGACCUCUUGGUACUGAUCUGUUGCAGGUUUUUGAAAUAACACGACAGCUACCAAGAUUCUGUAUGUACGAAUUCAUACCAAAACCACAACAUAUGCCGGAAGGAUUAUCGGAUAAUGGAGUUAUAGCGGAUGUUGCGGAAAGACCGCAGCGCAUUGCCAUUUGGUUAAACCAAAGUCUUAUUUUGGGAGAGGAAUUGGAAGUCGUGGACGGCGGAUGCAUCGAAAUAUGGCUUCGUGGGAUGCGAGACGACAAAGUGCACUGCUUCAAGUCGAACGCCAGCGGAAAACUGACGAUCCAGACGGACGACUCGACGUUUGCUGGCGAUAUUAUUCAAUCUCUCGCUAUGUACUUAGGUGUCAGAGAGCUGAAUUCGGAAGCGACGUUCCCGAAGGAAGAAACUCGAAUGUUAGAGGCAUUGGAGCGCGUAAAGGAUUUGAAGGAGAUCGAUGCACGACUCCAGGCGGAAGCUGCAGGCAGUGCCACUCUUCUGAAGAGUAUUGUUAUUCGUUUAGAGGAUGCUAGGAUUCUCGAGAAUAUCGACGAUAUGCGGAAGGGACUGAUGCAACUGAAGAACAUCAAUGGCGAUUUAAUCCGAGAGCACGAGAUUCGACUGAACAGUCAUCGAGAGCUUGCAGCCAGCCUGAAAGAGUUGAAUAUCGGUGUGCAGCGCGCGGCGAGACUUAGAGUCGGGAAAGCCGCUUCCAACGCGGUAGCUCGUUGCAGAACAGCGAUACAGGACGAAAAUCCGAAAGCUCUUGCAUUGGCGAUAAAACAUGGCUAACGUAGGUCAUCCGUCAUUUUCUCAUACGACAGCCGUUAUGCAAUAUAAUUAUAAUUUUAGAAUAUAAUUUUAGAAUUGCAUCAUAUUUUUUUAUAGAAUAUAUCCCAAAA